UCAGUGCGCCUGCGCAGAAGAAGAAGGCGUCCUAGGAAAGGAACCAUAGACUCACGCGAGGGAAGAGUCGCCUCACUCUUUGGCGGGUCUCUCCCCGGAAGGCCAUGUUCAGAGUCCCUCUGACUGUAGUCACGGAGUUUUAGGGCAACCCUGAAGAAACAAAAGAACUACUAAAAGGCAGAAUGUUCUUCUUGCUGAGACUGACGACUCAAGAGACUUGCAGAUUCUAGGAGCUGUAUUUGAAGAGAAAGGCUUAGCACCAAUCCCAUGUAGACUUAUUGCAGAUGACAAUUCUGGCUGCUUGGCUGCCCACAGAAGCGGUUCUGCCCCAUUUAGAACGGUCUAUGUUUUGCUUUCACUUUGCGAACUCUAUCAGGGCGACACAGCCUUGGUGCCUUAGCAAUGCAUUCUCUUGGGUCAGUCCCAGAUUCUGGAGCAGCAAAAACUAUCACCUCCCCUGCAAUAGGGAACUGGAGGAGAAAUCGUUACCGAACACACGGCUGCAGUGUUGAGGAGCUGCGGGCCUGGAGGAGGGAGCGGGAAUCAGUUCUGAGGAAUGAACGGAGGUUGCAGCAGUUGAUCAGUAAGCGUCUGUUACAUGAAGACCCCUUGAAUGAUGAUGGGCGAAUUGGAAGUGACACUGAGACAGCAGCUCCUUUCACUGAGGAAGAGGUUUCACAGUUGCUGAAAAACAUCCGGAAAGGAACGGAAGACCGGGCAGUAUCUCUGCGACGUCUUCGGCACGGACUGCGGCACAAAGAAAAUCAACAGAAAUUCAUCAGGUUGGAAGGCAGCAUGCGGGUCUUGAUUGGCCUCUUCACCAGCAAUCUGGCAGAUCUUCAGAUGGAUGCAGCUCGCUGUUUACAUGAACUGUCACACUCCAGCGACCCCAAUGUUGCUGGGGCAUGUUUGCCAGCAACCUCCUAUCUCCUGACCUACCUCUCUGGACACAGUAUAGCCCUCAUGGAAUUGUGUUUGUAUACGCUGGGGAAUCUGGUGGUUGAAAUGAAGACUGUGAAGAAGCAACUUCUACCCCAAGGCAUCAUCCCAGUAUUGGCAUCCUGUAUCCAGUCUCCUCAUGUGGUGGUGCAAGAAGGCGUUGGCUAUGUUCUGUCCCAACUCUUGCAAUCCAGGGAGGCGCCCACUGAAAUUAUACCCUUGAUCCUAGAUUCCACCAUCCCCCAAAACAUGCUUCGAUUGGUUUGUUCUAAUCUGGAGGAAGGAAUGGGAGCUGCAGUUGAAUUUGCAUGGGGUCUUCACUACAUUAUUUGCAGCCGGGUGAACAAUGCACUGCUGAUCUCCCAAAAUAUUAUACCAUCCCUAGUACAGCUGUUGCUAAAACUGGCUUCCAUGAUAUCAACAACUUCUGCUGAGGGCCUUGAAGUGUUGAUCUGUCCUGUGGUUCGAUGUGUUGCCAACCUUCUUGCAGAAGAUGAGGUUGAGAGUGGUCAACUACUGGGAGGGGAAGAGCGUCUAUUGAGAGCCAUAUUUGUCUUUAUACAAUACUUCUUUCACAAACAACUAUAUAUCGUUCAGGAGGCUCUGUGGCUUAUAAACAAUCUCACAGCUGACAGCACCAUUGCAUGCUCUGCUCUGCUCAACGUGGAUCUCUUUCCAUCUCUACUGCAACUCUUACAUUCUCAUCAGAUGGUGAGCUCACUGGUACUAACAGUGCUAUGCAAUGUAGCUGCAAAGGGUGUUGCUUACUGCCAGACUUUGCACCAGAAAGCUGUGCUUCCUUCCCUCAUUGGCACUCUUUCCCUUCCUGAUUCCGAAGUGAUAGUCCAAGUUCUGGAACUGCUGCAUCUCCUCUUCCUCCACUGGCCAGAGGCUACCACCGAUUUUGUACAUCAGUCAGGAUUACAGGCGUUACAGCAGCAUGAAGAUGACCCACAGUUGCAAGAUCAGGUGAAAGCCCUCAUCCAGACUAUCAGUCAGCCAGCUGCUCUCCAUCAGGAUUGUUCCCUUGCAGAUUCGGCUGAAGAACUACAGCUUACUUGUUUAAAAAUUUGAAACAGUAGCACAUGCAAAAUGAACUAUACUGGCUUGUGACUAUAGCUUUCUCCUUGGAAGAGGAAUAAAAGCUAGCAAAGACA